CAUUCGACGCGACCAAUCACAGCGUCGGUACUUUGGGGAAUUGCAACGUCCCUAGCGCAACGAGUGAUCGAUGGUGUCCGAUCUAUCUAGAACUAUCUAGAGACUUGUGAUCCAUGAUCUACGGGGUUCACUCGACCGGACACACGGCAACGCAUCAGCAGCCAUUUUACGCCCAUCCACGCUUCGGAUACACGGAUUUAUCGAGGUAGAAAUUCGAUCGCAUUCGUCGCGUUAUCGUAAAAACCUGUUUCUGUUGUUCGUAGCCAGCCUUCUUCAUAAAAUGCUGCAGUUCCGUGUAACAAUUUCGGGUCUUAGACUGGUCAGUGUGUGUUAGGUGUCAAGAACGGGCUCAGCCUCUUCAAUGGAUUUUAUAUAACACGGUGCAGUUAACUACUCCUUUUCUGCUUCUACAUUUCAUUGUUCUUCGCUGAUGAUGAGUGAAGUUUGCUGCUCGGUCGUCUUUGUCCUCAAUCAACUCUUAUCUUGCAUCGUACAUUUUAGCUGAAAGAAAGAGAGAGAGAGAAAGAGACAGUGAAACACAGAGACAUACAGAAAGAAGAAAGAAGUUUCUGACGUUUCUAAAGUUCAAAAGAUACUAGCGUUGGACAAACUCCGAAAAUGAGUGUCAUAAUCAGACUGCAGAAUCUUGCUUGGUCCGCCAAUGCAUUGGACAUACGCCAGUUUUUCAGAGGUCUCAGUAUCCCGGAAGGUGGAGUCCACAUUGUAGGCGGCGAAUUGGGAGAUGCGUUUAUCGCAUUCAGUACCGACGAGGAUGCCCGCCAGGCGAUGAUGCACGAUGGCGGAAAGAUUAAGGAAAUGAAGAUCAAGUUGCUGCUAAGCUCCCGCACCGAAAUGCAAAAGGUAAUCGAGGCUGCUCGACAACAAACCUUGAGUCUACAAUGCAUCAUGCAAACCACUCCGGUAGCGGUACCACCAGUGACGGUGCCCGGUAAACAGCCCGGUUCACCAAUUGACAAAAGAGACAAGGAUAAUGACAGCGAGUCGAGCAAGGAUCGCAAAGACAGGCGCGAUCGAUCGAGAUCAAGAGACCGAUCGCGAUCGCGCGACCGCGAUCGGGAUAGGGAUCGCCGUGAUCGGGACCGUGGGAGAGAUCGGCGACGACGGGAUCGCAGCAGAUCGCGGGAUCGAGAUCGCGAUAGGAGGGAUCGGCGACGUCGCCGGGACCGAUCCAGGUCGCGUGACCGUACACGAUCGCGUGAUCGCGACUCGAAGAGGAACUCCGCGAAUGAUCGGCGCAAAGACGCCAACGAGGACGACAACGGCGAUGUCGUGUGCGUCGGUCAGUUUCACAAGGACAAGUCGUCGGCGGCUGCGUCGAAGAAACAACUCGUGGAAAAUGGCAUAUGGGAAGUGCCGCCGCAGACGCAGAUGCAGGCCGCUUUGCUGGCACCCGGUAUCCUGGGCGCCGGCGUCGCGGCACUGUCCCAGGAUUCGGAUAGCCAGCGUUCGGCUAUGGCCAGCUUCGGUACGCCCGUGAUAGGCCAGCAGUCGAUGUUACAAUCCGGGCAAUUUUCUAUAAACGGUCUGAACGGUGUAGGCAAUCUGAUGCAACCGCAUAUGCAGGCACUCGGGCACACUGUUAGCAUGACACCGUUAUCGCAGAAUCUGAAUUCUACUAAUCUGCCUAGUCUGAGUAGUCUUGGCACGCGAUCCAAGGAAUCGUGGAAUCAGCAGGAGCAAGGUAGAAUCGAUCAGACGCGAUUUACUGGCCGCUCGAAUCAAUUUAACAAUCAGGAGUACGGUGGGAACAGCGGUUACCGAGGUGCCAGGCCGAACAAUCUCUUCAUAAACAAGGUGCAGGAGCUCGAGGGCCGCCGCAACCCACACGCCUUCCAAGCUGGCGCCUCCAAUUUUGGGAAUUUCGACAACGACCGUCAGUCGUCCGUCAGGAAGUCCGGCAGCUCUUCCAGGUUCUCGAGCGAGAGUAAAAACGGCACCGGUAGCGGGCACUGCGUAGAGGUGCGCAACAUGCCGUUGAAUGCGACGUAUGCGGACUUGCGUCACGCGUUUCAAGGUAUCUACAUCAGAAAGGACGGUAUGAAGAUCAUCAACGACAACCAUGGCAACCGCGUGGGUAUCGCGUACGUCAAGUUCGGCAAAACCGAGGGUAAAGAGAUCGCACUGAGUACGACGAGAUACGUGCGGGGUUCCGAGGUAGAGGUGCUGCAUCUCGACGAGAGCAUCUUCGACAAGGCAAUCAAUUCUUACUCCCCCGACAAGGAGGACGUCUCCGAGGGUGACCUGAGAAAUUCCACGUGCAUCUUGUUGACCGAGCUGCCGUCCUUCACCAAGGAGAUGGACAUAGCUAAGCUGUUCCACGACUGGAAGAUCAACGACCUCUUCAUCACCAGCAAGAAAGAAUCCGGCAUUACUCAGUGCAUGGCUUACGUGCAAUUCGCACGGCUCGAGGACACCAAGUCGUCACUCACCACGCCGUUGAAGAUUGGUAGCAAGCAGGUGACCGCGACUGCCAUCAGCGAAGAGAAAUUCGCGCAGGUGAAGCGCGAGCACGAGCAGGCGAACAUGAAUCAGACGGAUUGCAUCCUCAUGCGUGGUCUACCGUUCCAAACCACGGAUCGCGAUAUCUUUGACUUCUUCUCAGACAUUGGCAUCGUGCCAGUUUGCAUCCACAUGAUGCUGAAUCAGCAGGGCAAGCCAGCCGGUGAAUGCUUCUGCGAGUUCGACUCGACUGAGAAGGCGGAGCGCGCCAUCGGGAAGAACGGUCUGCCACUCGGCAAAAACGUGCCCACCAUCGAGCUAGUAUUACGCGCCAAGAUGCUCGAGACCCUGGGAAUGAUGGAGGCGCAGCAGCAGCAGCAGCAGCACUUCUCACCGAUGCAGGAGCAGCACCAGAGGCCACCGCGCUUCUCCGGCCCGCUCGGCCAUAUGCCACGUUUCGGCAAUACCGGCGGCUUCGGACCUCGCUGCCCACCGGGGAUGAUGGGCAUGCCGCGGCACAUGAUGAAUCGCCAUCCACCGUCCAUGGACUAUGUCGAGGGUUUCGGCAAGCCCGGCUGCGUGCUGUCGCUGGAGAACGUGCCGUUCAAGGCGGACAUCAAUGAGAUAAUCGAGUUCUUUGGCGACUUCGACGUGAAACGGGAGAACGUGAUCCGCCGUUACAACGAGAGGGGCAUGCCAACCGGCGAUGCUCGGGUAGCCUUCUCGUCGCCCAGCGAGGCACAGCGAGCGCUCAAGGAGCUGAAACACUGCAAGAUGCGGGAACGCACCAUAUACAUGAAACUGGCGUGAGUCUUGCCGCUCCAUCACGUGAAAGUUAAUUCUAAUUGAAGGGACACACUGCAGUGGUGGUAUCCGGUCGCAGCGAUUUGCACAAGGCAAGUCACCCUGCAAGUCUAAUGCCAAUAUUCGAUAUUGAAAUGAAUGUUUCCCGAACAGUGACGACGUUACAGAAGAUUUUACGGGCGUUAGGAUAGAGAGAGAGAGACAAUGCGAAGACGUUUUUAUAUGGGAGAUAUGAGUAAUACUUUGUGAUGAUCAUCCACACGUGUAUAUAGAAUGCAUCAAUCUGAAAAAGACAAUUUCCUUUUCAAUUAGAUUGCCAUAUUGCCCCUGAAUUUCUUCGCUCAUCAUUUUUACACCCAAUCGAUUACUUCUUGUGCUUUGUCAUCGAUUUAUCGAAUUUUAUCUUCAGCAUAAUUUUGAUAUUGGACGGAUAAAAACGAUAAUCGCUCGUUGUCACUGUUGGCAACACACAUUCCUUGAAAGACAACGAGAAUGUAAAGCUUUGCGCGGAUAAAUAAAUAUAUAUAUAUAUAUAUAUAUAUUACAAACAUAAAGUUACUUGUUACUUUUUAUUACGAGUAUCAUUGCAACACCAAAUAAUGUGUUUAGUUGUGGCAAACCGGCGCGAACCAGAGUACAAAGUUAGCGAUUUGAUCGGUUACGUUUCUUUAGCGUUUUUUCUAUGGCAAUGUUAGAACAAGUGCACGGGUCGGGUAUCAAGGAGAAGAACGAUGGAGGAGUAAUCCGCGCGAUGUACUUCCUAAAAAGCGAACGACUCUGUACAAAUACAUGAUAUAUAUAUGAUUUAUGCAGUUAUACAUAUGAUAAAGAUAAAUUUGACAUAUAUAUAUAUAUAUAUAACAAGAAAUACAGAUAUGCCUGUACAUCUUAUAUACAUACAUGUGCACUCAUACGUGUACGUAUAUAAAGUGUUGUGUACGUGCGGGGGUGUGUGUGUGUGCAUGUAAAGUUGUAUCAAGUAUCUUACGUACGUGUAUAUAGAUAUUAAAGAUCAUAACUUCAUCAACUUCAUGUGACAUUGUGUAUAUUUAUCGCAAUUCGACUUGUAUAAAAUAAUUUAUAAAGCGAAGGUAUGUGGAACCAGUAUCUAUAUACGUUAUAGAUGCACAUAAUCACAGACAUUGUCAUAAAUUUAUGCUAUAAGAACGAACACUUGAAGACUUCAAUAAAUUUGUAUCUAAGCUCA